CCGCGCCCCCGUCCCCUCCUCCCGGUGCCCGUGCCCGGGGUGCGCUCGGUGCCGCGGUCCCUGCCCCGCGCUGCCCGGCACGGCGGGGCUCGGCCGCUCCGCUCCCGGAUUUGGUGCGGGGAGCCCCGCCGGGAGCCGGGCGAGGAUGCCGGCACCGAGAGCCGGGAGCCCGACUCCUGGCCGCGGCUGAGAGGUGCCGAGGCGGCGAGGAGCGAUGGAACUGAUCUGACUUGGGACAGGUCUCCGAAGCAGCCGAAGUGUCUUCUCCAGUAGCAAGGCCUGGGGUCAGCAUGGCAGCAGGGGUGGCAGCGUGGCUGCCCUUUGCCAGGGCAGCUGCCAUAGGAUGGAUGCCAGUGGCCAACUGUCCCAUGCCACUGGCUCCCACAGAGAAAAACAAGAGGCAGGACGAGCUGAUCAUUCUCAACGUGAGUGGCAGGCGGUUCCAGACCUGGAGGACUACACUUGAGAGAUACCCGGACACUCUGCUGGGCAGCACCGAGAAGGAGUUCUUCUUCAACGAAGACACUAAGGAGUACUUCUUUGACCGGGACCCUGAGGUCUUCAGGUGCAUCUUAAAUUUUUAUAGAACUGGCAAGCUGCACUAUCCCAGGUACGAGUGCAUCUCUGCCUACGAUGAAGAGCUUGCCUUCUAUGGGAUCCUCCCUGAAAUCAUCGGGGACUGCUGCUACGAAGAGUACAAGGACAGAAAGCGGGAGAACGCAGAGCGGCUGAUGGAUGACAAUGACUCAGAAAACAACCAAGAAGGGUCCAUGCCAUCCCUGAGCUUCCGGCAGACCAUGUGGCGAGCCUUCGAGAACCCCCACACCAGCACCUUAGCCUUAGUCUUUUACUACGUCACCGGUUUCUUUAUUGCUGUCUCUGUGAUCACUAAUGUCGUGGAAACUGUCCCUUGUGGCACGGUGCCUGGAAACAAGGAGCUUCCAUGUGGGGAGAGAUACGCUGUGGCUUUCUUUUGCUUGGACACGGCUUGUGUGAUGAUUUUCACAGUAGAGUAUCUGUUGAGACUCUUUGCGGCCCCAAGUCGCUACAGGUUCAUCAGAAGCGUGAUGAGCAUCAUCGACGUGGUGGCCAUCAUGCCAUACUACAUUGGCUUGGUGAUGACCAACAACGAGGAUGUCAGUGGAGCCUUUGUGACACUAAGGGUUUUUAGGGUUUUCAGGAUUUUCAAGUUCUCUCGCCAUUCCCAAGGCUUAAGAAUCUUGGGCUACACUUUGAAGAGCUGUGCCUCCGAGCUUGGCUUUCUCCUCUUUUCCCUCACUAUGGCAAUUAUCAUCUUUGCAACUGUGAUGUUUUAUGCAGAGAAAGGGUCCUCAGCAAGCAAAUUCACCAGUAUUCCUGCUUCCUUUUGGUACACUAUUGUAACCAUGACAACACUUGGUUAUGGUGACAUGGUGCCCAAGACAAUUGCCGGGAAGAUAUUUGGCUCCAUUUGCUCCUUGAGUGGGGUGCUGGUCAUUGCUCUGCCCGUUCCGGUCAUUGUCUCCAACUUCAGCCGAAUUUACCACCAGAACCAGCGGGCCGACAAGAGGAGAGCGCAGAAGAAAGCCCGGCUCGCGAGGAUUCGAGUGGCCAAAACGGGCAGCUCCAACGCCUACCUGCACAGCAAGCGCAACGGCCUCCUGAACGAAGCCCUCGAGCUGACGGGAUCCACCGAAGAUGAACAGCAUAUGACUAAAGGCACCUCCUUAAUUGAAAGCCAACAUCACCACCUGCUGCACUGCCUGGAAAAAACAACCGGAUUGUCCUAUCUUGUGGAUGAUCCCCUGUUAUCUGUACGAACUUCCACCAUCAAGAACCACGAGUUCAUUGAUGAGCAGCUGUUCGAGCAGAACUGCAUGGAGAGCUCGAUGCAGAACUACCCGUCUUCUCGGAGCCCCUCCUUGUCGAGUCACCACGGGUUGACCACCUCUUGCUGUUCUCGCCGUAACAAGAAGACCACUCACCUUCCCAACUCCAGUGUGCCAGCCACUCGCCUCCGUAGCAUGCAGGAGCUCAGCACCAUCCACAUCCAGUGCAGCGAGCAGCCCUCACUCACAACCAGUCGUUCCAGUCUCAACAUGAAAUCAGAUGAUGGGCUACGACCGAACUGCAAAGCUGCCCAGAUAACGACAGCCAUCAUCAGCAUCCCCACGCCGCCGGCGCUCACGCCAGAAGGUGAGAGCAGACCUCCACCCAGCAGCCCGGGCCACUCCACGAACAUUUCUACCACCACCACGAGCAACAUAGUCAAGGUCUCUGCCUUGUAAGAUGUCUCAUGCACAGAAGGAGGCUGGAAGACCAGUGCCCCUCUCCCUCCACACCUCCAUGUUCCCUUCUUGCUGCAAAUUGUGCCUGGAUGGACGAACCUGACAUUUUGUCAUCGAAUUAGCAAUGGAGACCUAACGAGGCAGCUUUCUUCAGACUUGCAUUCAUGCGUUGGACUGAGGAAGGAUUAGGAAAGGGAGGAAGAGUUUUGUUAAAAGUAAAAUCUGCAUGGAGAGUACGUUGUGCCAUGGUACAGGGCAGAAAUUACCUGUGAAGGCUGAAGGGAAGGAAUCAUCAUGGCAACAAGAGAGUCAAUAAAGAAAACAGAAAUAUAACACUGUGUAUCGCAGCACCUUUUUAAAGGUUUUUAAUGGAUAAUAUUUAUUCAUGAGGAAAUGACUGAAAAAGGUGAAAAACAAUGGAUUUUGUGAAUUUUUUUUCUUCAUGGAGCAGAACCUUUAAACCAACCAAAAUUUCACAUUUUUUUUUCUUUUAUAGGAAAAGAUUUAGACAAAGAAGCCACCUGUCACAGAAACCUAUUUCCAUUCCUCUGUGUGUGUGCGUGCGAGUGUGCAGCAGAACCACAGAGCCACACUGCAUUUCAAAGAGCAGAGCAUGUUUUCAUGAUUCAGUGCACAGUAGGAAAAUACAAGCAUGUGUCAGCACAUCCAUGUGCACACGUGCACACACACACACACCUAUUUCACCCUGGAUGGCAUUCUUUAUUUAGACACUUUUGUAUCCGCCUUUUAAGUCAAUACAGUGCAAUUGCAAACAGUGUGUUUGUCUGCUAAUUAUUGUCUGUGAAAACAUAUUUGUGGAAAAAAAAAAAAAAAGACAGGCUUCAGUAGAGUUUUAGUCCCACAUGGGUAUCCGCUUUCUAUUUUUGUUAUCACUUACUUGUAAGAGUGUGACUAGACUACCAGUUCUGUAUUUUUAAAAAG